AUGCCUCGUGCAGUCAAAGGAGUACUGAUCGAAUGCGAUCCAUCCGUCAAGGCCAUCAUCCUCAAAUACGAUGAGGAGAGACACGAUUACAUUGUUGAGGAUCUGGACGAUGACAGGCACCUGGUCGUCAAGGAAAGUCAACUCCAGAACUUGAAGAUGCGCCUGAGUCGGGAGCUCGAUGAGAAGGUCAUGCAACCAGAGGAAUCGGAGUCCGAGUGA